AUGGGUGUUCUCGAUCAAGUCCGUGGACGCAAGCUCCACCAGGUCGCCACCAACGGACACGACAUUCACGAAGACGAGAAGCAUCCCAAGGCCUCUCAGGAUGGUACUUCAUCCUCGGGAUCCAGCACACUGAGUCUGGAGGCGCAGAACGAGAAGGAAAUCGAGCAGCACCCCGACCAGGUCACACAGGACGCACAGCUUGGUGUGAAGAAGGCUGAGGCUGCGGCCCUUGUAUGGACCAAGACGACUCUAUAUGCUACAUACGCUUGGAUCUGGGUCAACUUCUUCAUUCUCGCCUUCUCCUCCAGCGUCAUCAGCUAUGGCACUAUGGCAGCGUAUUCGAACUUCCGGACGGCACCCGAAGUCGCCACAGCCAACAUCCUGGCUUCCAUCAUCGGCGCCGUGAUCAAGCUGCCUGUUGCGAGACUGCUCAACAUCUGGGGCCGUGCCGAGGGCCUUUUGGUGUUCCUCGCCAUAUAUCUCAUCGGACUCAUUGUCAUCACAACUAGCAAUGGCCCCAACAGCUAUGCGGCUGGAUAUGUGCUCUACCAAGUCGGCUAUGGUUCCCUCUACCUCAUUCUAGAUGUCUUCAUGGCAGAUACAUCCGGACUCCGCAAUCGUGCAUUUGUCUUUGCAUUCGCCUCUACACCAUUCAUCUGCACAGCCUUCACUGGUCCCCUUGCAGCCGAUUCCAUUCUGGCGAUGACAACCUGGCGAUGGUCUUCCGGCAUCUUCUGUAUAGUUGUGCCCAUAACGAUGAUUCCACUUGCUGUGGUAUUCAAGUUUUACCAGCGCAAGGCUGCAACUUUGGGUCUCUUCGUACACGAGCCAAGUGGACGUACUACACUGCAGAGCAUUGUUCAUUACAUUCACGAGUUCGACGUCGUCGGUGCUGUCUUGAUCAUGGUUGCAUUCAUCCUAUUCUUGCUGCCGUUCAGCCUYGUCACCAAUAAUCGCGCCACAUACGSAAGCGCCACAUUCAUCGCCAUGGUGAUCAUCGGCUUCCUCAUGUUCUUCGUCUUCUAUGCAUGGGAGAGGUUCUUUGCGAAAAAGCACUUCAUCCGCUGGGAACUUUUGAAAGAAAGGACAGUCCUAGGUGCCUGCAUUCUGUCGGCCGUCCUAUUCUUCAGCUUCUACUCGUGGGACCUCUAUUACUACAACUUUGUCAAGGUCGUAUACGCAUUGCCUGUCAGCCUGGCCGGAUACAUGCAACAGAUCUACAACAUAGGAUCCUGUUUCUGGGGAGUUGUUUUCGGCGUCUACAUUCGCUACACCAAGCGCUUUAAGUACGCAUGCCUCUUCUUUGGUUUGCCAAUGAUGUUCCUAGGUUCUGGACUCAUGAUUCACUUCCGCGGCAACGACUACGGCAUUGGAUACCUCGUCAUGUGCCAACUGUUCAUUGCCAUUGCUGGUGGAACUUUGGUGAUUGGUGAGGACAUGGCAGUGAUGGCGUCUGCCGACCGCGAUGGGGUUCCAAUGAUGCUUUCCAUCMUUGGUAUUACUUCUGGCCUUGGCGGAGCUAUCGGACAAGCARUCACUCAGGCCAUCUACGGCGAGGUCUUCCCCAAAGCCCUGGCUCAUGCUCUCCCUGCAUCCGAGCAAGGGGCGGUGCAGACUCUUUUCAAUGGCGGAUACCUGGUCCAGGAACUAUACGUCCCAGGCACACUCUACCGCACUGCUGUGGAAUAUGCAUGGGGCCGCUACCAGUACUACUCGUGCAUUACUGCAGUCACCUCUCUAGUCUUGGCCAUUCCAUGCAUUGUUGUAUGGAAGAACUAUGAUGUCGGCAAGAAGCAGAACAAGGGUGUCAUGUUGUAG